AUGGGCCACCAAGACCUCCUGAGGCCCCACCACAGAACAAUGGGUCUAACCCUCACAGACAGACAGCACAGAACAGCGGGUUAGACCCACUGUGCUGUGCUGUCUGUCUGUGUCUGUCUGAGGGUUAGACCCGCUGUGCUGUCUGUCUGUCGGUCUGUCUGAUGGUUAGACCCGCUGUGCUGUCUGUCUGUCUGUCUGUCUGUCUGUCUGUCUGUCUGUCUGAUGGUUAGACACUGUUCUGUGCUGUCUGUCUGUCUGUCUGCCAGUCAUGCUCUAUUGAAAACAUUAUCUGACUGGCAUCUGCUCGCUAUAUGGGGGACACGAACACUGAAGUAGAAACAAACACCCUGCAGUGUGUGUAAUUUGUGUGUGUCUGUGUGUGUGCACGUACAUGUGUAUGCGUGUGUGUACGCUCACUGAGCUUAGGCCAACAAAGGGGCAAAUAACAGCUUCCACAUGUCAAAGUUGAAGGGACUAUAUCAUGCAGCUUGUUGUUAGUAUGUAGAUUAAAAUUAAACAUUUGAAACUAGGUGUCACCUCAGGUCACCCAUUUGUUCACUCUAUGUCCAGUUUUUGUUACACCCUCCUCAUCCUCCCGUGUCCUGCUCCUGCUCCUCCAGGUGAUGAAGACCUACCACAUGUACCACACAGAGAGCAUCAGCGCUGAGAGCAAGCUGAAGGACGCUGAGAAGCAGGAGGAGAAGCAGUUCAGUAAGUCUGGUGACCUCAACGUACACCUGCUGCGCCACGAGGACCGGCCCCAGAGACGCAGCUCUGUCAGGAAGAUCGAGAAGAUGAAGGAGAAGGUGAGGGUGACACCAAGGCUUGAUGACCGUAAGAGCUGUUGGCUGGGACUGCUGCUAGUUCUGUAUGUUUUCAGCCUAGUCACUUCCGUAAGUGGUAUUUUGUGCGGCGGGUUGAAUCAUGGUGGGCCCAUUUUGGGCCAGAGAGACCCUCUUAGUAGUACGUGAAUGAGAAGAUAGUAAGGCUGUGUGAGAGUGGGUGCAGGUCCAUUGUGUAAGCUCACCACUCUGAGACGGAGCCGACCGACCAGAGCAUGGGUCCACAGCUAGACACAUACACAUACAUGCACUCUGACAGCUGCAUCGUUGGGAAGGGCUCAUAAGCAAGCAUUUCACGGUAAAGCCUACAGCCGUUGUAUUCGACGCAUGUGACAAAUACAAUUUGAUUUGAUUUUCAGGGGGAAUUUCUUCAUGCAAAUGCAUCUCCAUUAUCAGUGCAGCUCAGGGAAUCAAAAGGCUGUCAGGCCGACAGCUUUCCUCCCUCCUCAGGCUGCCAUCUCUACAGAGAUGCUGCCAGGAGAACCAUACCAACCACACUCACUAUUUCUAACUUGCUGUAACUAUGAACGUUAUUUCUCUUCGCGCUGCCUAGUAACUUAAUUUUGCAGGCUACAGUGGCAGUCUCAUUCAGAAUCCUCCUAGCUACCUCCAAACAAAGUUGAAGAGGGAGAGGAGACAAUCAAGCCAUAAUCCCCUUUUCUCCGAUGCAUGAUAAUGGACAUGUGCAAUUUGAGUUAGUGAAUCAUGUACAGUGGGGAGAACAAGUAUUUGAUACACUGCCGAUUUUGCAGGUUUUCCUACUUACAAAGAAUGUAGAGGUCUGUAAUUUUUAUCAUAGGUACACUUCAACUGUGAGAGACAGAAUCUAAAACAAAAAUCCAGAAAAUCACAUUGUAUGAUUUUUAAGUAAUUAAAUUGCAUUUUAUUGCAUGACAUAAGUAUUUGAUACAUCAGAAAAGCAGAACUUCAUUUUUGGUACAGAAACCUUUGUUUGCAAUAACAGAGAUCAUACGUUUCCUGUAGGUCUUGACCAGGUUUGCACACACUGCAGCAGGGAUUUUGGCCCACUCCUCCAUACAGACCUUAUCCAGAUCCUUCAGGUUUUGGGGCUGUCGCUGGGCAAUAUGGACUUUCAGCUCCCUCCAAAGAUGUUCUAUUGGGUUCAGGUCUGGAGACUGGCUAGGCCACUCCAGGACCUUGAGAUGCUUCUUACGGAGCCACUCCUUAGUUGCCCUGGCUGUGUGUUUCGGGUCGUUGUCAUGCUGGAAGACCCAGCCACGACCCAUCUUCAAUGCUCUUACUGAGGGAAGGAGGUUGUUGGCCAAGAUCUCGCAAUACAUGGCCCCAUCCAUCCUCCCCUCAAUACGAUGCAGUCGUCCUGUCCCCUUUGCAGAAAAGCAUCCCCAAAGAAUGAUGUUUCCACCUCCAUGCUUCACGGUUGGGAUGGUGUUCUUGGGGUUGUACUCAUCCUUCUUCUUCCUCCAAACACGGCGAGUGGAGUUUAGACCAAAAAGCUCUAUUUUUGUCUCAUCAGACCACAUGAUCUUCUCCCAUUCCUCCUCUGGAUCAUCCAGAUGGUCAUUGGCAAACUUCAGACGGGCCUGGACAUGCGCUGGCUUGAGCAGGGGGACCUUGCGUGCGCUGCAGGAUUUUAAUCCAUGACGGCGUAGUGUGUUACUAAUGGUUUUCUUUGAGACUGUGGUCCCAGCUCUCUUCAGGUCAUUGACCAGGUCCUGCCGUGUAGUUCUGGGCUGAUCUCUCACCUUCCUCAUGAUCAUUGAUGCCCCACGAGGUGAGAUCUUGCAUGGAGCCCCAGACCGAGGGUGACUGACCGUCAUCUUGAACUUCUUCCAUUUUCUAAUAAUUGCGCCAACAGUUGUUGCCUUCUCACCAAGCUGCUUGCCUAUUGUCCUGUAGCCCAUCCCAGCCUUGUGCAGGUCUACAAUUUUAUCCCUGAUGUCCUUACACAGCUCUCUGGUCUUGGCCAUCGUGGAGAGGUUGGAGUCUGUUUGAUUGAGUGUGUGGACAGGUGUCUUUUAUACAGGUAACGAGUUCAAACAGGUGCAGUUAAUACAGGUAAUGAGUGGAGAACAGGAGGGCUUCUUAAAGAAAAACUAACAGGUCUGUGAGAGCCGGAAUUCUUACUGGUUGGUAGGUGAUCAAAUACUUAUGUCAUGCAAUAAAAUGCAAAUUAAUUACUUAAAAAUCAUACAAUGUGAUUUUCUGGAUUUUUGUUUUAGAUUCCGUCUCUCACAGUUGAAGUGUACCUAUGAUAAAAAUUACAGACCUCUACAUGCUUUGUAAGUAGGAAAACCUGCAAAAUCGGCAGUGUAUCAAAUACUUGUUCUCCCCACUGUAUAUUUGAAGUACAUGCUAUCCAGUAUUAUCCAUCUGGAAGAGGAUAAGGAGUGGUUUCAAACACACACACGCAGACACACGUCAAUGUUUGGCUGUUAAAUUGUCUCUCUCUUUAGUCCUGCUUUGUGAGCCAAGUUUCAAUGAUUCUGUGCCACUGCUUUCCAUUUAAGUCAAUUGAUUUUGUCAAUACCAUUAUGUAUCGGUCUACUAACAUCCAUUAGUGAUGCUAUGUGAACAGCAGACGACUACUUAUUCAGUUUUAUGAAUCAUUGAAUAUUUCCCAGCUGGAUGCCUUAAGCAGAUGCAACAUGUCCAGUUAACCAUAACAACAAAGACGGUGCACCAUCUAGAGCUUUGUGUUAUUUGCACUGUGAAUCUACUGCGCAAUGAGAAAUAUACACAUUCUCGUAGAUUACUUCUCAUUGACACAUUAUAAACAUGACUUGUUUUAUGUGUGAGCACAAUUGGAGAACACUAGAGUGAAUGUUUGUGUGAGUUUGUUUUUGUUUGCAAGCAAACUGAACCGAAACAGUAUUUUAUGGCUGUUUCAUUGUUCACAUAUGGGCUGUGCAGAUUGUUGUGCCAAGUGUUAGCAGAAAGACAGAAUGGCUGUGAGGGUGGGACUGUGAAGGACCAGCCUGGGUAGACCACUUAUGAUGCUGUUAUUGUCUACAGGAAGCUUCUUAAAGAACCUCUCUUACAGUGGACCCCUCUGACCUCUUUCCUGACAACACUAUGCCAGGCCAUAAGGCUGCACAGCAAUCCUCCUAUGUUAUUGUGCAAAUACCAUUUAGCCCACUCAAUGUUGCUUAAUUUCAUGGACUCUAUUUGAGCCCCUCUUUGUCUGCUCUCCAUUUCUCUCUCCUUCCCCCAGAGACAAGCCAAGUACUCCGAAAACAAGCUGAAGUGCACUAAAGCCCGCAAUGACUAUUUGUUGAACCUGGCAGCAACGAAUGCCGUUGUGGCGAAAUACUACAUCCACGAUGUCUCUGAUAUGAUUGAUGUAAGUAUGCGAUAGGCACACAGGUUGGUUUGUGUCUCUCAGCUGGGAUUGUCUAAUGUUGGUCUAACGUUGCUACACUAGAUAUUCUCACCAUCUGUUUCACGGUUCUCAGCCCAUUUGCUGUAUUGGUACAAGCUGCUCUGUUGGUUUGACUGAAAGUGUUUACCUCCAUUUUGUGUCUCUUAAUCUCAAACACAACAGUUUUGUUCUAAGCCACCCAGUAGUACUGUUGUUAUAUGCCUAACUGAAUGGCUUUGCCAGGUAUACAUUACACUCCUACUGUAUGUUACCACCCAAAAGGCAUUGUUAUGAUUCUUCUGGAAUAUAAAUGAUGACUUCCUGUCAAGGGAAUGGUUCAGUGUUGACAGUCAGAAUGCCUUCCUCCUGGUCUUCUCUUCCCUCUCUUACCCCUGUUCUCCUCUCCUCCCUCUGUCAUGCUCUCAUCUAUCUGGGAGGGCUAAGGCCCCUUUGGAAGCUGUGCUGAGAGACGUGGAGCGGAGCGUGGCCCUGUCACUGUCACACACCACACUCUCCCAGGGAGCCAAGCAAAACACACUGAUGGUGAAACAUGACCCUGGGUGACACCGACACACACACGCAUGCACACACACACAGGCUCUGUGUAUGCAGGCAGCAGUGUGACCAGUGUGGUUGGCAGGGAUCUUUCAGCCCCAGGUUACCUGGUGGUUGUGGCAGGGAUCAUUCAGCCCCAGGUUACCUGGUGGUUGUGGCAGGGAUCAUUCAGCCCCAGGUUACCUGGUGGUUGUGGCAGGGAUCAUUCAGCCUCAGGUUACCAGGUGGUUGUGGCAGGGAUCAUUCAGCCUCAGGUUACCUGGUGGUUGUGGCAGGGAUCAUUCAGCCUCAGGUUACCUGCUGGUUGUGGCAGGGAUCAUUCAGCCCCAGGUUACCUGGUGGUUGUGGCAGGGAUCUUUCAGCCCCAGGUUACCUGGUGGUUGUGGCAGGGAUCAUUCAGCCUCAGGUUACCUGGUGGUUAUGGCAGGGAUCAUUUAGCCCCAGGUUACCUGGUGGUUGUGGCAGGGAUCUUUCAGCCUCAGGUUACCUGGUGGUUGUGGCAGGGAUCAUUCAGCCCCAGGUUACCUGGUGGAUCUACCCCCAGAUGUCCUCCCCCACCUCCCUGCCGGUCUACUGCUAUGUGGUUACUGUGGUAUUGCCCCAGGCCUGCCUGGCCUUUCCUGAUACUCCGAACAGGUCAGGGAGUUGGAUACAGAGAUCCUGCAUAUUUAAAGUACUGUAUGCCUAGAAACAUAUGAUGCGAUUGAACUGAGAGGCUUGAGGCUGGCCAGACUUCUGGCAAUGAGAUAGAUUGCAUCCAGGAUUUUUCUCUUUAAAUGGUUCUAAACAUCAACUGGGUGAAGAGUGAAAGAGCUAGCCAGGAGCUGUAGGCUACACAGGGGUCUGCCAGACGGAGACCUCUGAUUGGUGGCUGUGUCUCUGUGCUGGGUCACUUUGUUAGAGCAGCUUCCUGUGUCUGGCAAGCGAAAGGGGCCAUGUCAUCCCAAAUCCUGCCGCGCUGCAGGGAAAGGGACUGUGAGCAUGACUCGCUGUGCUGUGCCGCCACAAGCUGGGCAGAGGAUAAGGGCCUGUUUGUCAUGCCACACAGAAACAGUCACUAGCAGCCAGACAUCAAAACAGACAUCCACACUGCAAGAAGUCAGCCCUGUCCAUCCGAAUCAAUGGAAAUAUAAUACAGACGUCUUUUGCAUGCAAGUAAACAAUGUCAUCAGUUCUGCAGUACCACUAUUCUGCCUGUCAGCACUCCUGCUGCAGUCUACUCAUGAUAGGACCCUGAUGAAAUCAAAGCAUGGAACUCAUUCCAGCCAGCCAGUGUGUUUCUUAUGGGAUGUGGCUGUUGAAAUACAACUCUGUACCAUAAAGAGCUCUGUGCUCCCAUAUCCUUCCUCAUUGUACACUGAUCCUGUUAUAAAACAAUCGCUGCUAUGGGGGUUUAUCAUUGGAGUCGAGCGCAACUUCCUGUGUGUAUUUUAAAGAGCGUUUAGUGAAUCACAAAGCAGUCAGACUCAGGCCCCUCCAGCCUCUUAGAAACCCACUUGGCUAUAGUAAUGAGGUUAGUUUAUGCAGCUCCAUGGUUGAGCUAAUUAUCUUAGGUGUCCUACUGUACUUGCUUUUCUAAUUUGGUCUAUUCUAUUAUUCUAUUUCUGCCUGUCAACCCACAACAGUGUCUAAUUUGGAAUUUAGUUAAUGUUGGAGGUCAGGUUAGUAACUUGCUCUUAGAAAAUGAGCGGAAUUGUGUAACUGAAUCGUAUGCAUGCUAAAGACUGAGUUUAUCACAUUGACUUGUGUAUAAUGAGGGCAUGGAUUCAGGCUGGUUUGUCAGGUUGUUCAUAAUUAGGGCCAGGAUGUUCUUAGACACGUGACCUGAGCUGGAAACCUCUGGACCCAAGGUGUAUGCUUACAGUCAGGUCAUGUGGUCAUGACAAACUCCUUUAAUAAUAAUAAUAAUAAUAAUAAUAUGCCAUUUAGCAGACGCUUUUAUCCAAAGCGACUUACAGUCAUGCGUGCAUAAAUUUUUUGUGUAUGGGUGGUCCCGGGGAUCGAACCCUUUAUUAUAUUCUACUCCUAUGUUAUUUAUUGUAUAUAACUAUAAUGACUGUCUCUCUAUAGUGCUGCGACCUUGGCUACCAUGCCAGCCUGGCACGUACUUUCAGGACCUAUCUGUCAGCUGAGUACAACCUGGAGACUAGUCGGCAUGAGGGCCUGGACAUCGUCGAGAAUGCCGUGGACAACCUGGACUCCCGCAGUGACAAGCACAAGAUCAUGGACAUGCACAACCAGGUGUUCUGCCCUCCCAUGCGCUUCGAGUACCUGCCGCACAUGGGGGACGAGGUGAGAGGUGUUAAAUGACUGAUACAUUUGGUACAUUUCUAGAUUCAUACUAUAUCUUUAUCGAAAUGUAUCCAAGUUACAAGUACAACCAAUAUAUUUGUUAAACCAUGGAAACCACAUUCAUGCCAGCAGAAGCAGCAAGCAUGCUUUUUCCAAUCCUGUGAGAUAGUUUGUGAAAAACCAAGUUGCUCGGCCUAUACCUCUCUGUCUAUGCGUCCCUUCAGGUGUGCCAGGUGAGUGCCCAGCAGCCAGUGCAGACUGAGCUCCUGAUGCGCUACCACCAGCUGCAGUCCCGCCUGACCAUGCUCAAGAUCCAGAACGAAGAGGUGAGGGCUCACGAUAGCGUCCCCACAGUGUGUCUGCUGCUUCCCCCCACUGAGACCGCCCUGUAGCCUCUGUGCCUCUGUCACCUCUCUCUCUGACACGCCCGAACUCAGCCAGUCUUUAGAUACCAUCAGCUCUCAUCGCGAUUUCAUUUCAGUGGCCCACACACAAUCCCUGGGAGCAGAGUGUAUAUUCAGCUUGUGAAUGAACUUGAUGCACUGUAUCCAUGUAGAUACAGUGCAUCACUGUUGAUGGGAUAUUGUGUGUUGUGAUGACUAGUCCUCAGCAGGCAGCGCACACACACACACACACACACACACACACACACACACACACACACACACACACACACACACAGACACACCUCUCUCCCUCUGAGUUGAUGCAGGUUCUAACAGAGGUGCUAAUGGCCCUGGCUGGCUAGCUAAAGCCUGCCCUGAUGGCUAUGCCUUGGCUCUGUCUCAUAUCUCCCUAUGUCUCAUAACGUCUCAUAUAACUGGCGGGUAAUCUCAGAGCUGUAGAGAAAGAGCCUGCAUCCCUUUUACAUACAGCCUGCAUGUCAUCCAGCCAGACCAGACGCUCUUCAUAUUCUGCUGUUAUUCUGAUGGAUGGCUGACCGGCGGGUCAUCUGGUACACUGCCAGGAAUGAGCCCUGUACCUGUUUUAGGCUAGAGGAAGGCUGCCAGCUGUCAUACAGCUACAGUCAAUGGUCUUCCAUUGUUAUUCAGGGUCGAUUUGUCUUUGAAAUUGGAUAUGCCAGUGAUCACUCACACUUGACCUUGCACAUGUCAUAGGGAACCCUGGAGCUAAAAAGCUUCUAACUGGCCUAUUAUGUUAGAAAGGACCUAGAUCAGAUGAAUGAGGAGGAAAUCCUGGUUUGUUUGUCAAUCUUUUCAGUUGUUGAAUCGUUCCCAUUGCUGUAGGUGAGGAAGACUCUGGACGCCACCAUGCAGACGCUGCAGGACAUGCUGACUGUGGAGGACUUUGAUGUGUCCGAUGCCUUCCAGCAUAGCCGCUCCACUGAGUCCAUCAAGUCUGUGGCCUCUGAGACCUACAUGAGCAAACUGAACGUGGCCAAGAGACGGGCCAACCAGCAGGAGACAGAGGUCUUCUACUUCACUGUGAGUACCUGCCUGUUAUACAUAGCCUUCAUACGUGCCUGUUAUACAUAGCCUUCAUACCUACUUGUUAUACAUAGCCUUCAUACCUGCCUGUUAUACAUAGCCUUCAUACCUGCCUGUUAUACAUAGCCUUCAUACCUGCCUGUUAUACAAAGCCUUCAUACCUGCCUGUUAUACAUAGCCUUCAUACCUGCCUGUUAUACAUAGCCUUCAUACCUGCCUGUUAUACAUAGCCUUCAUACCUGCCUGUUACACAUAGCCUUCAUACCUGCCUGUUAUACAAAGCCUUCAUACCUGCCUGUUAUACAUAGCCUUCAUACCUGCCUGUUAUACAUAGCCUUCAUACCUGCCUGUUAUACAUAGCCUUCAUACCUGCCUGUUAUACAUAGCCUUCAUACCUGCCUGUUAUACAUAGCCUUCAUACCUGCCUGUUAUACAUAGCCUUCAUACCUGCCUGUUAUACAAAGCCUUCAUACCUGCCUGUUAUACAUAGCCUUCAUACCUGCCUGUUAUACAUAGCCUUCAUACCUGCCUGUUAUACAUAGCCUUCAUACCUGCCUGUUACACAUAGCCUUCAUACCUGCCUGUUAUACAAAGCCUUCAUACCUGCCUGUUAUACAAAGCCUUCAUACCUGCCUGUUAUACAUAGCCUUCAUACCUGCCUGUUAUACAUAGCCUUCAUACCUGCCUGUUAUACAUAGCCUUCAUACCUGCCUGUUAUACAAAGCCUUCAUACCUGCCUGUUAUACAUAGCCUUCAUACCUGCCUGUUAUACAUAGCCUUCAUACCUGCCUGUUAUACAUAGCCUUCAUACCUGCCUGUUACACAUAGCCUUCAUACCUGCCUGUUAUACAAAGCCUUCAUACCUGCCUGUUAUACAAAGCCUUCAUACCUGCCUGUUACACAUAGCCUUCAUACCUGCCUGUUAUACAAAGCCUUCAUACCUGCCUGUUUUACAUAGCCUUCAUACCUGAUUGUUUUGCCCCUAAGAUAUGGAGCCAUGUCUCAGGGCAACUGCCUGUUAUAUCUGUUUCACACUUAAGUAACAGACCUGGCUGUACUACCAUAGCCUUUACUCCCUGACUAAAAGGACCUUGAGCGUCAGCUUAGUGCGGGGCACUGCAGUGUACGGUACUGCAUAUCAACAUCAAGCCAUCAGCCAUCACACUAUUCCAUAUACACAUAUGACAAGCUCCAUGCUUUCGAAAUCACAUGGAAAUGCAAUUAUCCCUGGAACAGAUUGAGUUUGUUCCGUUCAGAGUGAAACUGACUGAAUGUGUUCUCUGGCCUCGGUGGUGGAUGGUAGGCAGCUACGUCUGUUCAAGUCACAUCCCAUUAGCGCUGUUCACUCACUGAUGCCUUCAUCUGGUCUGUCUGAGUUCACAGAAAUUCAAGGAGUUCCUGAACGGCAGCAACCUCAUCAUUAAACUGCAGGCCAAGCAUGACCUCCUGAAGCAGACACUGGGAGAAGGUAAGGCCCCUCAGUCUCUCCACCAAUGACAUUAUGUCUAUUUACAUCAAUGUUAGUUUGACACCCCUUCACUUAAUGCUCCUACUUCCUCCUGGUCACAGUGGUGUUAAUGGCAGGCGCCAGGCCUUGCGUGUCAACGCCUAGCUCAUUAGGAACCAGAAAUCCCUGGGAUACUUCAUGGGUCUGUAAAAUGGUCGCCCUCAGGCCCAGUAGUGUUGUGGAGCUCUUAUCUAAUGAGCAGAGCUGAACCAGGCUGAGGAGGAGGGAGGAGACCACAGGGACUUGUGUCUUCUCAAGGGGCAGUAGGGAACCAGGGAAGAGGUAUGUUGUAGCCUCUAGGAGGAUCCUAGAGGAGUGUGGGUAAUAGAAACCCCCGCCCCUCUCACAGAGACCCCUCCCAGGGAGACCUUUGUCACCUCAGCCGUGAGCAGUUUACGCCCAAUCAGUCAGGAUGUCCCAGCUCCCAGCAGCACAGGCCCAUCUCAGCAGCUGCUACUGCACCAGGGGUUCACCUAGUAGAGAGGGACAGCAGGCACAACCAACUGAGGCCAUGCACACACACACAAUUUCACCUCAUGCACACAGACAGUGCACAAACUUGGUCGACAUGGAUUUGUCUCGUCAGUUUAGGCAUCCCUAAUGUUCCUCUGUCAUCUUCAGAUCUCUAUGAACUAAUACCUCGUACUGCUUGAAUGUGUUUUCAUGUGAACAUAGCCCAUAUGGCGGCUGCAGGUACCAACCAUGUUUAAUUAUUCAGGUGAUCAAUCAAGCCUGCUCAUUAAGCGUGUGUGUGUGUGUGUGUGUGUGUGUGUGUGUGUGUGUGUAUGUUUGUGUGUGUGUGUGUGUGUGUGUGUGUACAUGCAUGAAUGUGUUAUUAGUGACCAUGGAGAAUACCACAUGGUGCACACAUCAGACCUAGCUGUAUAGAUUACUACAGCACUAUGUCAACAUGGAAACUACUCAACAUGGCUGGGAUAGCUACCCUCCUGGGUUCUGAGUGGAAAUCACAGAUCUUCUGUAUUAUAUACUUUAGAGAGGUUCACCAUGAAUAUCUCAAUUUAACGCAGGUAGAAUUCACAGCUAGUCAUACAAAAUACACCAUCAUAAUGAUGAAUUGCCUAUUGUUAGAUUAUGGCGCUGUAUUUGAUGUGUAGGUUUAGAAUAUUGAGACCACAACUUUGCAGCUUUUACAUAAAGCAUUCUGCUCAUUUGAACAAAAGUACUUCAGUCACCAAUUGCUGCUGUAUUCUUGUAGUUACGAUAAGACACUUAACCCUUUACACUGACUCUGCACUUCACAGCGCUGUAUGGGUUUUGACUGACAGCCGUUCUGAACUUGAGCACCACGCGUGACAAGAAGCUGCCCUCAUCCCUCACUAAUUUGUUGUUAGUGAGGGAAAUGCUAUAAAUUAAGAUGACUUGAUGUAUUUUAAAAGAUGAGACGUUGAGGAUUAUAAUAAAUACCGCUUUGAUGUAAUAAAGCAAGCCAAACACCUGUGAGUCCAAAUGUGCAGUUCACAUUUCCAAAUCACGUUUAUGAUCACUAUGUUUGAUGUACAGUUACAAGAUGACAUGGCGUCAUACCCUGGGUUGUUCUGAACAGAAUGAGCUAAUGUUUGUUUAUUGUGAAGAAAAUUUCCUGCGGCACACGCACCUGAAUGCACUCAUGAGUCAUGACUCCUUUCUAUGCACCCCAAAAUUCCAAUCUGUUUCUCUGAAUUGCCUUGUGAAAGCCUAACACUGUAAGAUCAUAUUUUAUAACUUAGCUAAUCAUGUUGGCAAUAGAACAAGCUUUUAAAUCAUGCCCACCUGACCCAGAUUGCGAUUUAUAAUUGACGGUUUUUGGAUUGCGUAAACAACAUACAUGUACAAAAUGACCAACUGGAGACCUGGAUGGCAGGACAAUCAACAUAACAUAUUCAUGUAAGAAAUGGUCUGAUAGCAACAGGAUGAUGAAAUUAAGAUAUGGCAUCUGUACUGCCAACAUGUAUAGAGAAAUGGGUCAGUCAUCACUAUCGUCUCUCAUUCUAAAGCUGACAGAAAGGAAACAACAGAAUGCUGGAAUAGUGCAGUGUACUGUUAUUGCUUGUUGUACACAACAAGGCACAUUCAGUCAAUGCUCAGUGGAUUCUAUUUAAUAGACAAAGGGCUUUUUUCAACACUAGCUAAUAAACUCUUGAUUAACUAUUGGCUUUGAAAUGAGUUCAUAGAUGCAGCUGUUAGAGCUGUGGUUAGUGGGAGAGCCCUUCUGAUGGAUACGGAUUACAGUAAUAAGACCUAACUGACUUCUUCAUUGCCUAACCUAUACUCAAUGUCUUGUGUUUACCUGAGACUAGACAACGUGUAUUGGUUGUGUGUGUGAGAGAGAGAGGGGGGGGGGGUGUGAAAGUUUGGGUUUCGUGAAAGUUUGAAAGAAAGUGAAACUAUUUGUGAAAGUUUAGGUUUGGUGUUUAUGCGUGCACAUGUGUCUCUGUGUGUGUUGAGACAUGCACAGGGCUUUGGGACAAAGGGCUCAGUGAGCUGGCGCUGACAUUGCUCAGUGUCACCAGUGUGAGAUGACCCCCCCUGUACCCCCAGUCCUCCAUCUUCCACCUCCCACCCAGAGCCCUUUUCUUCCCCCGGGCAGCGGGCCUGCACCCCACAGGAUGCCCUAGGAGGUUUCUACAGCGACAGCUAAAUGCCUUUGUCUCAGGGAUGCUGUUGUUGCUAGACCAUUCAGCUCUCCCUCAAUAGCUUUGACUAUUCCCAUUAAAUCCUUCACUGAGCCCUGAUAGAGAAGCAGGAGUUAGCCUGUGCACUGUGCAUGCAAUGCACUCAUAUUCUUAAUGACAUUUCUCUCUUCUGUGUUUGCAGGAGAAAGGGCUGAAUGUGGGACUACGAGGUAAGAUGUCUGAAGAUAACUGAACCAUUUCAAAUCCCGGCCUAGAGUAAUAAUGAUCAUUGUAUGAUGAAUAUAAAAAUGUGACUGUAAAAUAUACAAAGUCCUACACUAUGCCUUUCAAGUCUUCAGCCAAAUAGACAAAGUCCCCAAUGAACCAUAACCUACAUCUAUGUAUGUAUCCAAAGUUCAUGGUGCAUAUUUAAGGUACUAUGAUGUCAGUGGGUGUCUGAUAAAAAACAAAGGAACAAGCUACUGCAGGUCAUACAGUAUGGAGUUCUCAGAGCAUCUGGUUCACAUACAACUGUUAUUUUCUGCUCCAUUUACCUUAUUGCCAGGAGUUAAUACAAACCUAAGCAUUAUGUGUUGCAAAGCCACAAUGAGCAGAAUGGUUGAGGCUGUGUUUAGAGUUCGGGGUGGAUGGCAGAGAGGAGAGGGCUGUCUGUCUCUGGGAAGGGCUCCAGGGCCGCAGUGCAGAUGGAACAGGCAUAUUGGGUAGCUGUUAGUGUGUGUGUGUGUGUGUGUGUGUGUGUGUGUGUUGUGUGUGUUGUGUGGGGCCAUGCCAGGCCCUGAAUAAUGAAACCUGAACACUGUCAGCUCUACCUCCCUCUGAGGGCAAAUUACCAUCUAUGGGACACAGACAACUUGGUGUGAAUGUGUGUGUGCGCACGUGUGUGCCUGUUUGUGUGUGUGUGUGUGUGAAAUUAAUGAAGUAAAUCCCUAAGUGUAUUUUAACAUGUUUUGUCAUAUUAUUUGGAUAAGACUUAAAUAUCUUGUAGGAAUGAUACUUUGGUUUAGCCUGACGACUCACACUAAAUUUUUCCACUGCUCUAUCGUUCGCUACAUUCUUUAGUCUGAGACUGCCAUCAUUGAAAUCAUUUGUGGUGAUGAGGGGCACAAGGGGCAUUGUACAAAACAAAGUCAUCAGCGAUUGGAUCGUCUCUAGCCAAUCAGAGUAUCAAUGCCAAUGACCGGCGCUUUACCCACUUGUGUUCUGGCUCUGGCACAACCCAUCGGUUUCUUGACCAAUCAGAUGGCCCCAAAUGUGUUUGCAUUUGGUGAAGGGUCGGGGAGGUACUCAGAUCCAGACUCAUUGCGGAGAAGAAACUAACGUCCGUGGGCGUGGCAUAGCCUUUGGCCAGAACAAGGAGUCUGGGUAGCCAGGCAAACUUUAGCUUGCCCUGUCCAUGAUGGGCCUUGCCGAAGUACCAUUGGUCUGCUAACCACACUGUACUGAGUGUACGAAACAUUAGGAACACCUGCUCUUUCCAUGACAUAGACUGACCAGGUGAAUCCAGGUGAAAGCUAGGAUCCCUUAUUGAUUGAUGUCACCUGUUAAAUCCACUUCCAUCAGUGUAGAUGAAAGGGAGAAGACAGGUUAAAUAAGUAUUUUUAAGCCUUGAGACAAUUGAGACAUGGAUUGUGUAUGUGUGCCAUUCAGAGGGUGAAUGAGCAAGACAAAAUAUUGAAGUGCCUUUGAACAGGGUAUGGUAGUAGGUGUCAGGCACACUGGUUUGUGUCAAGAACUGCAAUGCUGCUGGGUUUUUCACGCUCAACAGUUUCCUGUGUGUAUCAAGAAUGGCCCACCACCCAAAGGACAUCCAGCCAACUUCACACAACUGUGGGAAGCAUUGGAGUCAACAUGGGCCAGCAUUCCAGUGGAACGCUUUCGACACCUUGUACAGUCCAUGCCCCGACGAAUUGAGGCUGUUCUGAGGGCAAAAGGGGGGGUGUGCAACUCAAUAUUAGGAAGGUGUUCCUAAUGCUUUGUACACUCAGUGUAUAUGUGAGGGAUAACCUGAACUAUCAGCAGGUGUGCUUGAUUUUAUAAGCUCUGAUUAAUAAUGUUUACAUUCAGCUAUACAUUAGGAGUCAUUAACCUCUCUUAUGUUUUCAAUAAGUCAGUCAGAGUGGGUUUUAUGAAGGGGCCCCCAGCCCUAGAGACAUUCAGGGACCCAACACUCCCAGCAGCCCUGCCCAGCCCAGCGCUGCCUAGGGGUUAAUUACAGGGCAGAGCCAUCAGGUUUAAAUAACACACACCAGUAAGUGAUAAAAUAUCUAGUUUUAGUCGAAUUUUCAACAUUCGGAUAUGGAUCACUUCCUCCCGCCUACACACAUUUCCCAAAAAAUAAAUAGAGCAGAGGGGGAUAUUUGGGAAGGUGGAAGUCAGGGCUGUUGAGAGAUGAUGUUUUUAUAACUACAUUUCAGCCUUGUGUGUUCCUUCAACUGUUUCACAGCAUAUGGUGUUUUUGUUCCCCUCCUCACCCGUCAUCUCCCCAGGCCCCCCACUCUACCCCCUAAACCACAGAAAAUGCGGAAGCCUAGGCCGCGCUCCAUCUAUAACCAUAAACUGUUUAACGGCAAUAUGGAGACCUUCAUCAAGGUACCCACCCAUGGCUGGGGUGUGUGAAUGAGCGCCCUCUGUGGGGCUGGAGGGAGAGGGUGGCUAGGGUCCUCUCCUCCUCUCUCCCUUGCUCUCUCCUCCUGCUCACUGCUCUACCUCAUCCUGUAACCACUGUCUUUAACCUUACCUCCACUUCUUCCCAUGGCUCUGACGAUGCACACAGACAGGGUGGCAGAGGAAUAGUGUCUCCCUAUCCUUUUAGAUGUAGCAGUAGCACAAACCUCUAACCUCUGCUUAUCCUCAGACGUGAGGAUACUGUGUCUCAUAGUCCCCAUAGUGGCUCUGUAGAGAGCCCUGUGCUAGUUGGUUCUGUCCCUCACUGCACCCCAUCUCACUGCAUUUCAAGCCAUCCCAGCGGCCCUUGACCUGUGCUUAUCCUCCAGGCCUCCAGGGGGGGCUCUGUCUGUCUGUCAUCUGUGCUUCUCUAACUGUGUUGCUUCUCUGCUUCCCUUCCUCUGCACCUCCUUGCUGCACUGCUUUCUGCCCCAGGGGAAGACGGAAUGCCCGUACCCGCAACCAGGUACUAUCAGUGGGGGUAGUAGGAUGGGAGGUAGGGCGCGUGGCACGGUGCUGUAGAGUGGGGCCACCUGAAAACUAUUACACUAAUAGCUCUACAUGCUGAUUUCUGCCUUCUCCUCCAUACGCAGUCGUAGUAAUGAGCUCCAAUAGCAUGUCACUGCUACUCCACUUGUUUCAUGACUGUUUUCUUGCUGUAAUGAGGGGCUGUGAAUAGCAAUGGUUUCUAUCUGUCACUUUAAUGGUGCUCAUAUGAAUGUUGGUGGACACUGCUGUUUAUGAAGCCAUCAAGAAGAGGUAUUUGUUUCCUUAUGGCGGGGUGCAGGGUAGGCCUAGAAUACUCAAUGCGCUGAUUAAUAGAAUACACAGUAUGCUGAAAUGUAUUUUAUUAUGCAGUGAUGCUUCACAAUAACAUCAGAAUCUAUCAAUAUGGACAGUAUAGUAUUUGUGGUUAAUACUUUUCUAGUUAGUGUCAGUCAUCCAUGCUUUGUUCUCACUAUUGCCAUGAUUUGCUCUCAGGAUUCAGGUCAACCUAUUCCUCUUGUGGUUGAGAGCUGUAUUCGACACAUCAAUUUGUAUGGUAAGUCUAUUAAAAUGACACAUUUACUGUAUUGACUGUAUUGAAUGGUAUUCAAAACACCAAUAGAAAGAUAUGAACUCCACAGUGAACUCCUCAUAACAGAUGACAUAUCCUCUGGGUAGAGGUAAUCCAUUUACUAAAACAUCUAUAGCUCUUGAGACAUACCUGCUAUGAUUUAACACCUCAGCCCCUAGUGCUCUCAGCUUGAAGUGAAGGACGUGAGUCGGUAAUACCAACAUGUUUCAAGCAGACCACCGUAGACCCUGUGCACAAGAACACUAAGGUAACCUGUCUAAAUGACUACCAACCCGUAGCACUCACGUCUGUAACCAUGAAGUGCUUUGAAGGCUGGUCAUGGCUAACAUCAACACCAUUAUCCCAGAAACCCUAGACCCACUCCAAUUUGCAUACCGCCCCAACAGAUCCACAGAUGAUGCAAUAUCUAUUGUACUCCACACUGCCCUUUCACACCUGGACAAAAGGAACACCUAGGUAAGAAUGCUAUUCAUUGACUACAGCUCAGCGUUCAACACCAUAGUGCCCUCAAAGCUCAUCUCUAAGCUAAGGACCCUGGGACUAAACACCUCCCUCUGCAACUGGAUCCUGGACUUCCUGACGGGCCGCCCCCAGGUGGUAAGGGUAGGUAACAACACAUCCGCCACGCUGAUCCUCAACACGGGGGCCCCUCAGGGGUGCGUGCUCAGUCCCCUCCUGUACUCCCUGUUCACCCAUGACUGCAUGGCCAGGCAUGACUCCAACACCAUCAUUAAGUUUGCCGAUGCCACAACAGUGGUAGGCCUGAUCACCGACAGCGACGACACAGCGUAUAGGGAGGAGGUCAGAGACCUGGCCGUGUGGUGCCAGCACAACAACCUCUCCCUCAACGUGAUCAAGACAAAGGAGAUGAUUGUGGACUACAGGAAAAGGAGGACUGAGCACGCCCCUUUCUCAUCGACAGGGCCGUAGUGGAGUAGGUUGAGAGCUUCAAGUUCCUUGGUGUCCACAUCACCAACCAUCUAACAUGGUCCAAGCACACCAAGACAGACGUGAAGAGGGCACGACAAAACCUAUUCCCCCUCAGGAGACUGAAAAGAUUUGGCAUGGGUCCUCAGAUCCUCAAAAGGUUCUACAGCUGCACCAUCGAGAGUAUCCUGACUAGUUUCAUCACUGCCUGGUAUGGCAACUGCUCAGCCUCCGACCGCAAGGCACUACAGAGGGUAGUGCGUGCGGCCCAGUACAUCACUGGGGCCAAGCUUCCUGCCAUCCAGGACCUCUAUACCAGGCGGUGUCAGAGGAAGGCCCUAAAAAUGGUCAAAGACUCUAGCCACCCUAGUCACAGACUGUUCUCUCUGCUACCGCACGGCAAGCGUUACAGGAGCGCCAAGUCUAGGUCCAAGAGGCUUCUAAACAGCUUCUACCCCCAAGCCAGACUAUUUGCAUUGCCCCCUCCCCCCCCUAUUUUACGCUGCUGCUACUCUCUGUUUAUUAUCUAUGCAUAGUCACUUUAAUAACUCUACCUACAUGUACAUAUUAUGUCAAUUACCUCGACUAACCGGUGCUCCCGCACAUUGACUCAGUACCGGUACCCCCUGUAUAUAGCCUCGCUAUUGUUAUUUUACUGCUGCUCUUUAAUUAUUUGUUACUUUUAUUUCUUAUUUUUUUAGGUAUUCUUUUUUAAAACGUAAUUGUUGGUUAAGGGCUUGUAAGUAAGCAUUUCACUGUAAGGUCUACGCAUUUCACAUUUACAUUUUAGUAGACGCUCUUAUCCAAAGCGACUUACAGUUAGUGAGUGCAUACAGUUUCAUACUGGCCCCCCGUGGGAAACGAACCCACAACCCUGGCGUUGCAAGCGCCAUGCUCUACCAACUGAGCUACAGGGGACAUUGUAUUCGGCGCAUGUGACAAAUAACAUUUGAUUUGAUUUGUGACAGGAGUGUGGCAGCACAUCACGCAUAGGGACUUCCUUCCCUCUCCCCCCUCCCUCCUCGUAUCUUCAUCCUUCUGUCUACCACCACAUCUGACUCCAGCCAGAGUGGUGUAGCCCCAAGGCCUGUACCCCCUCCCUGACCCCUCCCUUCCCCUAUCCCCCUAGACCUAAUGAAACCCCCAUAAACUGAUUAGGGGUUCUCUAACAGAAACCAUAUGCAGCAGACCAACCGAGGGGCCCUCUCCUGUAAGAAGAAAAAACACAUCCAUUUAUGACCAGAUUACAUUUCCUGCUCUCUGUUGUGUGUUUCCCAUUGGUCUUUCAUGUAGCGGCCAUUUGGGUUUGGGGAUAAUGGUGGGCUCAGGCUCAGCCUUGGACUCAGUAUUAUGUUUCUAUGUCUUGCAGGGCUCCAGCAGCAGGGCAUAUUCCGUGUGCCUGGAUCCCAGGUGGAGGUCAAUGAUAUUAAAAACUCAUUUGAGAGAGGUAGGUCCGCAGUGAGACUGGGGGUAAUUGGUGAUAGAUUAGCUUUUUGUUUUUCCUCUACAGCUCAGGAUCAAUAACACAACAAACCCAUUGAACUUCAGACAUACAGUAGAUAUCUUUAUAUUAUUUUCUAGAAUAUAAGACCUACAUGUAGCAAGCAAAAAAUUUUAAUCCCUCUUUAAAAUGUUUUAUGUACAGUAAUUAAGUCUUUAAUGGUUCAUCUUUUUACAGAUUCAGUUCUGUUGCAGUGGUCAGAUACUCCAAAAUAAUAACUCUACUCUGCGCAAUUGUUUUUCAAGGUGAAGACCCAUUGAUUGAAGACCAGAAUGAACAUGACAUCAACUCAGUGGCAGGGGUCCUCAAGCUGUACUUCAGGGGCCUGGAGAACCCUCUGUUCCCCAAGGAACGCUUCCUGGACCUCAUUUCUACUAUCAGUGAGUAGACUCUAGAGCCCCUGGUGCCCCCACCGAACACUGUUGGUCAAUGUAGUAAAUGUGUUCAGGGUAACUGAAAUGAUACCAUAACCCUACCCAUCUGGGUGGUGAAAUAACACCAUUGGGGCUACGGUACAGUACAUGCCUUUGGAUUAUUCACACUCUGUCUUAAUGGACUGUGGGUACGUCACUAGUAGAGAUAGAAUCAGAAUAGAAGAGAGAGAAGCCACCCUCCAGGUCCACAGAUAGAUCAUCACUUCCCAACCACAACACCCUACACACAAUUAUUUAUGAUAAUUAUUUAUGGUAUAGCAGGGUAUGGAACAUAUGGAAACAAUCUCAACACCACGGCUGUCUGCCUGCCUGUGAUUUAAUAGAAACCCAAUAGGAAGAGAGGAGCGAGGGGGCCACAUCAGUCUACUAACUCAGCGCAGCUUUGCUGUGUUUUCCCCUGCUCCAGAUAGCCCAGUCACUCACCACAUCCUCUAGUUUAAAUGAGGAGGGGUUAUCUAUUAAUAAUAGGAGUGUUUGUGUUGUCAUCCCGAGUGGCACAGCGGUCUAAGGCACUGCUUCUCAGUGCUUGAGGCGUCACUACAGACCCCCUGGUUCGAUUCCAGGCUGUAUCACAACCGGCUGUGAUUGGGAGUCCCAUAGCCCAGCGUCGUCCGGGUUUGGCUGGUGUAGGCCGUCAUUGUAAAUAAGAAUUUGUUCUUAACUGACUUGCCUAGUUAAAUAAAGGUUAAAUAAAUCAAAUAAAAUGACUGUACCCUUAGUAUGACUGCCAGCGCCCUGAUAAGGUCUGCUCAUUCUGUAUAUUCAAUAGAUCAUGGUCUGUAUCUUCCUCCCAUUCAUCUCAGUGCCAGGUGGUGUUAUAACGCUCUGGUCUUCCUCUGUUUCAGAACUGGAGUCUGGAGCUGAGAGAGCGCAUCACGUCCAGCAGAUUAUUGUGACUCUUCCUCGCACCGUCAUCAUCGUCAUGAGAUACCUGUUCGCGUUCCUCAAUCAGUAAGUCGACCAUAUUGACAUAACAACUCACAUAUCACAGUUGUUGAAUAGAGUUGUCCCUAUACCAGAGUACCUAUAUACUAAGGGCAUACAGUAUAACAGGAUAGGGUAAAGGUCUGAAAUGAUAACUUUUAUAAAGUCUUGGGGAAUAGAAAAAUCCCUGUAUUGCACUAAAUUAACAGAACUAGUGAAUCACUGCUGCAGUAUUCAGAGAGGAAAAGACAUUGAUUUCCAGAGUUAUUGAACAGCCCUACUGUUCACGUCCUAUUUAUUACCACAAAUGCCGGCAGCGCUUUAGAACUUAUUGACGUGCCUGCUCGGAAACUCAUCCAUCAACCCAGUAAUAUACCUGUCCUGUUUUAUUGGGCUGUUAUUGAUGCUCCCUUUGCUUGGUUCCCCUGCAGAACAAAGCGUUUGAUUCCACAUUCUGACUUUUACCUCUGUGUUUUAUGCCCCCCUCAGACAGUUAGGCUCUGGACCAACUGUAGGUCUUUACUGCUCCAGCUCCACACCACUAUGUUCUGAUUAAGAGCACCUCUUAAAGCAGAUGAGUGUAAGGACAGGCCUUUUCCCUAACUAGGAUGCUGCUGGAAGGGAGGAUGGGCUUACUGCCCCCUAAACCAGGAUGGCUUAUUAAUAGGCCUGUUAAACUGUUCAGUUUUAAGGGCAGGUGUGUUAAGGUUGGAUGGGUGUGGGAAUCUAAGCUACAACUAAACAGGGAGACUGAGGAAUGUGCUAGCUAAGUUGGGAUGUUGGGGGUUAAGGUAACUAAUGGUAGGGGGUUUAAGGAUUUUCUUAUACUGAGAUGGGGUGGAGGUCCAAAAUGGAUCUCAGCUCAGAUAGUAAAGGACAUGUUGCUACUUCAGGGAAGUUGUAGAUCUCAACCCACUGUAGAGUGUAGAGUCUUUACAGUCACAGCCAUACUCAACCCUCUUUAUAUUAGAGGAUUUGGGAAACAGAUAGGCCUCACUUUUAUUGGCAAACGUAGGUCUUUGAGUUUAAUGGAUCCACCCAUCAAUUCACCUCAUACUGUAAAUAUGGAGUUCAGUGGUUCAUCUCUCUCUCUCUUCCCCUCCAGCCUAUCCCAGUACAGCGAUGAGAACAUGAUGGAUCCCUAUAACCUGGCCAUCUGCUUUGGCCCCACCCUGAUGCCCAUCCCCGACGGACAGGACCCUGUAGCCAUCCAGGCGCAUGUCAAUGAGGUCAUCAAGACCAUCAUCAUCCACAACGAGGUCAUCUUCCCCAGCCACCGUGAGCUGGACGGGCCGGUCUAUGAGAAGUGCAUGACUGGAGGAGAGGAGUACUGGUGAGAAGUACAGUUGAAGUCGGAAGUUUACAUACACCUUAGCCAAAUACAUUUAAACUCAGUUUUUCACAAUUCCUGACAUUUAAUCCUAGUAAAAUGGCCAAACAGUUCUAUUUUUGUUUCAUCAGACCAGAGGACAUUUCUCCAAAAAGUACGAUCUUUGUCCCCAUGUGCAAACCGUAGUCUGGCUUUUUUAUGGUGGUUUUAGAGCAGUGGCUUCUUCCUUGCUGAGCGGCCUUUCAGGUUAUGUCGAUAUAGGACUCGUUUUACUGUGGAUAUAGAUACUUUUUUACCGGUUUCCUCCAGCAUCUUCACAAGGUCCUUUGCUGUUGUUCUGGGAUUGAUUUGCACUUUUCGCACCAAAGUACGUUCAUCUCUAGGAGACAGAACGCGUCUCCUUCCUGAGCGGUAUGACGGCUGCGUGGUCCCGUGGUGUUUAUACUUGCGUAUUAUUGUUUGUACAGAUGAACGUGGUACCUUCAGGUGUUUGGAAAUUGCUCCCAAGGAUGAACCAGACUUGUGUAGGUCUACACAUUUUUUUCGGAGGUCUUGGCUGAUUUCUUUUGAUUUUCCCAUGAUGUCAGGCAAAGAGGCACUGAGUUUGAAGGUAGGCCUUGAAAUACAUCCACAGGUACACCUCCAAUUAACUCAAAUGAUGUCAAUUAGCCUAUCAGAAGCAUCUAAAGCCAUGACAUCAUUUUCUGGAAUUUUCCAAGCUGUUUAAAGGCACAGUCAACUUAGAGUAUGUAAACUUCUGACCCACUGGAAUUGUGAUACAGUGAAUUAUAAGUGAAAUAAUCUGUCUGUAAACAAUUGUUGUAAAAAUUACUUGUGUCAUGCACAAAGUAGAUGUCCUAACCGACUUGCCAAUACUAGAGUUUGUUAACAAGAAAUUUGUGAAGUGGUUGAAAAACUAGUUUUAAUGACUGCAACCUAAGUGCAUGUAAACUUCCGACUUCAACUGUAGCUAGACCUGGGAGGUCAACACCUUUACGACAAGCACUGAAGACACACUGUAUGGCUAAGGCUAAAGCAGCAAUAAUGUCACAUGCGUAACCCUGGGUUAAGCACCAGUACAGUUAGACUGUUCUGCUUCUGGCGGCUCCAGCAUAUGGUAUGGUCUCUCACAGACUACAUUAUCAUCCGGCUUGAUAAUGUGGUGAGAAGAGGGGAAUUUGGAGUGUGUAGUAGAGAUGAGGAUGCUAGGCAGCAUGAGUGCAUUCCUAUGGGGGUGGUAUUUUCUCAAGCACAUGCUUUUACAGACAGUGCUUGGAUAUAAUACCCUAAGAUAAUAAUAUACUGGUGAUAGUUGAGGUAGAUAUGUUCAUGAAACCAGGGAAAAGUGUCUGAGCUGCAGAAUAAAUAUAGUCGUAAAUAAUAGCAGCAACGUAUGUGGUGAUUGUGUGUGUGUGUGGGGGGGUGUCAAUAUGUGUGUGUCUGUGUACUAUAUUUCUAUUACACAGAUGCCAAUAAUACUGCUUGGGAAUGUUUUGCAUAUCAAAACUCACAGGGAUGGCUUACAAGCUAGCGUGCAUCAAUAUUCUGAUUUUUCGUAGGCCUAUGGCCUGUAGUAAAAUGAAUCCUUUACCUGGAGCUGGUCCAACUGUAACUUGUACUACUUUCUAGAGAAAUAUGCUGAUAUAAAUGCCCCCUACUUACUUGGAACAGAUCCAAGUAUGACCUGUAACUCAUCUUUCCUUAGUUUAGUACCAUGUAACCUAUGCAAGUGUUGUGGGUGUGUCUGAGUUGACCAUUGACUGACUGUCCAUCUCGCUCUCUGUGUCCACAGUGACAGCCCCCACAGUGAGCCAGGCACCAUCGAUGAGGCUGACAACGGGACCGAGCCACACACCAGUGAUGACGGUCAGUAACAUGGGGUUCCUUUACUUCUUCAGACACUCUGUAGAGGAACGGUUUGGGUGAUUGAUUAAGAUAAAUGUGCUGUAGCUAGCUGGCUACACAGCUAAUCGGAAUUAGCCAAUUGGUUGUUGAAAAACUCCUGAAGCUUGUGUUGUUUCCCUUGCCUUCCUGCUGUUGUCUUAAGUUUCAUUACUCUCUGGGUUGUGUUUGUUUUUGUAACUGCACUGCUGUUUAUCCUGCUGUGGCUCUUAGUGUUGGUGCUAGACAUGCUUAUAGUCUACUAAAGUAUGACAUAACAGCAUAGCCUGUGCUGUCUAUGUUAAAGAUGGAGGGUUGGUUGUAUCUGGUAGCCCUGCUGUCUGUCUAUCUGUCUGUCUGCCUCCCCAGGCAGCUGUGGCUCUGCUGUGUACUGCAGCACUGCAGCUCAGUGUGUCUGGACUGGACUGGACCUCCCAUUAUAAUUGAGAUCAGAUGCAGUGUCACGCCCUGACCUAUAGAACUCUAGUUAGUUUGGUCAGGGUGUGAAUAUCAUGUGUGUGUUGAUUCUAUGUUUGUAUUUCUAUGUUUGGCCGGGUGUGGUUCCCAAUCAGAGGCAGCUGUCGCUCGUUGUCUCUGAUUGGGGAUCAUACUUAGGCAGCCAGUUUUCCUGCCUGUGUUGUGGGAUCUUGUUUUGUGCUCGGUGAGUUUGGCUUGUGUGUAUAGCCUUCCGACGUCACUUUUCGUUGCCUGUUGUUGUUUUGUAUGUUUAUUCGGUUUAAUAAACAUGGAUGCAUUUCACGCUGCACCUUGGUCUGACCCGUUCUUCAACGUACGUGACAUGCAGAAACCGCCAAUGUACUGUAGCCGUGGGUUAACAUUCAGCUUCAUAUAUAGAGGAUCUAAUUCAUGCAAUGAGACGUUCAAUAUUAAAGUGGUUAGUCAGACCAGGGACAGUGUUUUAUCUACAGUGGGGGAAAAAAGUAUUUAGUCAGCCACCAAUUGUGCAAGUUCUCCCACUUAAAAAUAUGAGAGAGGCCUGUAAUUUUCAUCAUAGGUAUACGUCAACUAUGACAGACAAAAUGAGAAAAAAUUAUCCAGAAAAUCACAUUGUAGGAUUUUUAAUGAAUUUAUUUGCAAAUUAUGGUGGAAAAUAAGUAUUUGGUCAAUAACAAAAGUUUCUCAAUACUUUGUUAUAUACACUUUGUUGGCAAUGACACAGGUCAAACGUUUUCUGUAAGUCUUCACAAGGUUUUCACACACUGUUGCUGGUAUUUGGCCCAUUCCUCCAUGCAGAUCUCCUCUAGAGCAGUGAUGUUUUGGGGCUGUCAUUGGGCAACACGGACUUUCAACUCCCUCCAAAGAUUUUCUAUGGGGUUGAGAUCUGGAGACUGGCUAGGCCACUCCAGGACCUUGAAAUGCUUCUUACGAAGCCACUCCUUCGUUGCCCGGGCGGUGUGUUUGGGAUCAUUGUCAUGCUGAAAGACCCAGCCACGUUUCAUCUUCAAUGCCCUUGCUGAUGGAAGGAGGUUUUCACUCAAAAUCUCACGAUACAUGGCCCCAUUCAUUCUUUCCUUUACACGGAUCAGUCGUCCUGGUCCCUUUGCAGAAAAACAGCCCCAAAGCAUGAUGUUUCCACCCCCAUGCUUCACAGUAGGUAUGGUGUUCUUUGGAUGCAACUCAGCAUUCUUUGUCCUCCAAACACGACGAGUUGAGUUUUUACCAAAAAGUUCUAUUUUGGUUUCAUCUGACCAUAUGACAUUCUCCCAAUCCUCUUUUGGAUCAUCCAAAUGCACUCUAGCAAACUUCAGACGGGCCUGGACAUGUACUGGCUUAAGCAGGGGGACACUUCUGGCACUGCAGGAUUUGAGUCCCUGGCGGCGUAGUGUGUUACUGAUGGUAGGCUUUGUUACUUUGGUCCCAGCUCUCUGCAGGUCAUUCACUAGGUCCCCCCGUGUGGUUCUGGGAUUUUUGCUCACCGUUCUUGUGAUCAUUUUGACCCCACGGGGUGAGAUCUUGCGUGGAGCCCCAUAUCGAGGGAGAUUAUCAGUGGUCUUGUAUGUCUUCCAUUUCCUAAUAAUUGCUCCCACAGUUGAUUUCUUCAAACCAAGCUGCUUACCUAUUGCAGAUUCAGUCUUCCCAGCCUGGUGCAGGUCUACAAUUUUGUUUCUGGUGUCCUUUGACAGCUCUUUGGUCUUGGCCAUAGUGGAGUUUGGAGCGUGACUGUUUGAGGUUGUGGACAGGUGUCUUUUAUACUGAUAACAAGUUCAAACAGGUGCCAUUAAUACAGGUAACGAGUGGAGGACAGAGGAGCCUCUUAAAGAAGAAGUUACAGGUCUGUGAGAGCCAGAAAUCUUGCUUGUUUGUAGGUGACCAAAUACUUAUUUUCCACCAUAAUUUGCAAAUAAAUUCAUUAAAAAUCCUACAAUGUGAUUUUCUGGAGAAAAAAAAUCUCAAUUUGUCUGUCAUAGUUGACGUGUACCUAUGAUGAAAAUUACAGGCCUUUCUCAUCUUUUUAAGUUGGAGAACUUGCACAAUUGGUGGCUGACUAAAUACUUUUUUUCCCCACUGUAUGGACCACAAUGUCCCCCAUAGAGACGGACAGAUUGAUUUGUAAUAUCAAUUACAACAGCAGAUAUAUCGUAGAUUUGAUAAAGCUGAUGAGCAGUUGAUAUAAGGUUAUAAAAGAUUUUAGCCCUUUACACUCACAGACCCUCUCAUCCCUUAUACGGGUUGAAAAUGGCAGAUUUGGUCAUUGAUAAGCGCCUCAAUUGGAACUCAGUGGCUGUACAGUAACAUACUAUAUAUGACAUCAGAAUUCAGGCUGUCCGCUGUAUAUUGCUUUAUGGGAUUCAACUGACAGCUGUUCUAAACGUGUCUAACAACUACCAACUACCAAGCGCAACAAACUCGGAAAUGAAUGUACUCAUGACAUUUUACAUUUGAGUCAUUUAGCAGACAUUCUUAUCCAGAGCGACUUACAGUUAGUGCAUAAAUUUUUCAUACUGGCCCCCCGUGGGAAUCGAACCCACAACCCUGGCGUUGCAAGCGCCAUGCUCUACCAACUGAGCUACACGGGAGCUAUCUCCACUCCAUUCUUUGCUCACCAAAAUUACAAUAUGUUUGUAUGCAGUGCCUUGUGAAAGCCUAACACUGUAAGAUUCUAUUUUAUAAUUUAGCUAAUCAUGUUGGGAACAGAACAAGCUUUCAAAUCAUGCCCACCUGACCCAGAUUGAGAUUUAUAAUGGGAAGGUUUUGCGUUGCGUAAACAACAACAGUAGUUGUGUGAUGGUGGGGAGGCAGGGCUGUGUUCCAAACAAAACAACUACAAGUGUGCUUGCUUCAGUUCCUCAACGGCAAAGCUAAGAAAGUUCAAAAAGGUACUUUAUAUUUGAAGGCUAUUUCCUUGAGUCAUAAAAGUGCAUUGAAAUUACUUAGGAACUGUGCACACUUUGGAGAGGUGUGUGGCCACUUGGAGACACCAGUUAGACCUCUCACUCAAACCCGUUUUUUCUUAUGUUGCACCCACCCCAAAAUGGCCAUGAAUAUUCUUAUUAUGUUACUAAAUGUAUCCAGAGUAUCUUCAGAUUUCGUUAUUAUUAGUAAAUGUAAAUGUGAAUAAAAUCGACAGUGUAAUGUUUGGAUUCAGUCUUGUGUCAGUUGAACUGUUAUGUCCUCACCUUUGGUCUGAUCAUUUCCCCAUAAUCUCCAAAGUGUUCUCUUUCAAUUGCUACCAUGAUCAUACAUAUGCUUUUUAUAGUUCUUCUGUUAGAAACAUUUCAAUUUGGCCCGAUCCAUAUACAGUGAGGGAAAAAAGUACACUGCUCAAAAAAAUAAAGGGAACACUUAAACAACACAAUGUAACUCCAAGUCAAUCACACUUCUGUGAAAUCAAACUGUCCACUUCGGAAGCAACACUGAUUGACAAUACAUUUCACAUGCUGUUGUGCAAAUGGAAUAGACAACAGGUGGAAAUUAUAGGCAAUUAGCAAGACACCCCCAAUAAAGGACUGGUUUUGCAGGUGGUGACCACAGACCACUUCUCAGUUCCUAUGCUUCCUGGCUGAUGUUUUGGUCACUUUUGAAUGCUGGCGGUGCUUUCACUCUAGUGGUAGCAUGAGACGGAGUCUACAACCCACACAAGUGGCUCAGGUAGUGCAGCUCAUCCAGGAUGGCACAUCAAUGCGAGCUGUGGCAAGAAGGUUUGCUGUGUCUGUCAGCGUAGUGUCCAGAGCAUGGAGGCGCUACCAGGAGACAGGCCACUACAUCAGGAGGCGUGGAGGAGGCCGUAGGAGGGCAACAACCCAGCAGUAGGACUGCUACCUCCGCCUUUGUGCAAGGAGGAGCAGGAGGAGCACUGCCAGAGCCCUGCAAAAUGACCUCCAGCAGGCCACAAAUGUGCAUGUGUCUGCUCAAACGGUCAGAAACAGACUCCAUGAGGGUGGUAUGAGGGCCCGACGUCCACAGGUGGGGGUUGUGCUUACAGCCCAACACCGUGCAGGACGUUUGGCAUUUGCCAGAGAACACCAAGAUUGGCAAAUUCACCACUGGCGCCCUGUGCUCUUCACAGAUGAAAGCAGGUUCACACUGAGCACGUGACAGAGUCUGGAGACGCCGUGGAGAACAUUCUGCUGCCUGCAACAUCCUCCAGCAUGACCGGUUUGGCGGUGGGUCAGUCAUGGUGUGGGGUGGCAUUUCUUUGGGGGGCCGCACAGCCCUCCAUGUGCUCGCCAGAGGCAGCCUGACUGCCAUUAGGUACCGAGAUGAGAUCCUCAGACCCCUUGUGAGACCAUAUGCUGGUGCGGUUGGCCCUGGGUUCCUCCUAAUGCAAGACAAUGCUAGACCUCAUGUGGCUGGAGUGUGUCAGCUGUUCCUGCAAGAGGAAGGCAUUGAUGCUAUGGACUGGCCCACCCGUUCCCCAGACCUGAAUCCAAUUGAGCACGUCUGGGACAUCAUGUCUCGCUCCAUCCACCAACGCCACGUUGCACCACAGACUGUCCAGGAGUUGGCGGAUGCUUUAGUCCAGGUCUGGGAGAAGAUCCCUCAGGAGACCAUCCGCAACCUCAUCAGGAGCAUGCCCAGGCGUUGUAGGGAGGUCAUACAGGCACUUGGAGGCCACACACACUACUGAGCCUCAUUUUGACUUGUUUUAAGGACAUUACAUCAAAGUUGGAUCAGCCUGUAGUGUGGUUUUCCACUUUAAUUUUGAGGGUGACUCCAAAUCCAGACCUCCAUGGGUUGAUACAUUUGAUUUCCAUUGAUCAUUUUUGUGUGAUUUUGUUGUCAGCACAUUCAACUAUGUAAAGAAAAAAGUAUUUAAUAAGAUUAUUUCAUUCAUUCAGAUCUAGGAUGUGUUAUUUUAGUGUUCCCUUUAUUUUUUUGAGCAGUGUAUUUGAUCCCCUGCUGAUUUUGCACGUUUGCCCACUGACAAAGAAAUUAUCAGUCUAUAAUUUUAAUGGUAGGUUUAUUUGAACAGUGAGAGACAGAAUAACAACAAAAAAAUCCAGAAAAACGCAUGUCAAAAAUGUUAUAAAUUGAUUUGCAUUUUAAUGAGGGAAAUAAGUAUUUGACCCCCUCUCAAUCAGAAAGAUUUCUGGCUCCCAGGUGUCUUUCAUACAGGUAACGAGCUGAGAUUAUGAGCACACUCUUAAAGGGAGUGCUCCUAAUCUCAGUUUGUUACCUGUAUAAAAGACACCUGUCCACAGAAGCAAUCCAUCAAUCAGAUUCCAAACUCUCCACCAUGGCCAAGACCAAAGAGCUCUCCAAGGAUGUCAGGGUCAAGAUUGUAGACCUACACAAGGCUGGAAUGGGCUACAAGACCAUCACCAAGCAGCUUGGUGAGAAGGUGACAACAGUUGGUGCGAUUAUUCGCAAAUGGAAGAAACACAAAAUAAUUGUCAAUCUCCCUCGGCCUGAGGCUCCAUGCAAGAUCUCACCUUGUGGAGUUGCAAUGAUCAUGAGAACGGUGAGGAAUCAGCCCAGAACUACACAGGAGGAUCUUGUCAAUGAUCUCAAGGCAGCUGGGACCAUAGUCACCAAGAAAACAAUUGGUAACACACUACGCCGUGAAGGACUGAAAUUCUGCAGUGCCCGCAAGGUCCCCCUGCUCAAGAAAGCACAUAUACAGGGCCGUCUGAAGGUUGCCAAUGAACAUCUGAAUGAUUCAGAGGAGAUCUGGGAGAAAGUGUUGUGGUCAGAUGAGACCAAAAUGGAGCUCUUUGGCAUCAACUCAACUCGCCGUGUUUGAAGGAGGAGGAAUGCUGUCUAUGACCCCAAGAACACCAUCCCCACCGUCAAACAUGGAGGUGGAAACAUUAUGCUUUGGGGGUGUUUUUCUGCUAAGGGGACAGGACAACUUCACCGCAUCAAAGGGACGAUGGAUGGGGCCAUGUACCGUCAAAUCUUGGGUGAGAACCUCCUUCCCUUAGCCAGGGCAUUUAAAAUGGGUCAUGGAUGGGUAUUCCAGCAUGACAAUGACCCAAAACACACGGCCAAGGCAACAAAGGAGUGGCUCAAGAAGAAGCACAUUAAGGUCCUGGAGUGGCCUAGCCAGUCUCCAGACCUUAAUCCCAUAGAACAUUUGUGGAGGGAGCUGAAGGUUCGAGUUGCCAAACGUCAGCCUCGAAACCUUAAUGACUUGGAGAAGAUCUGCAAAGAGGAGUGGAACAAAAUCCCUCCUAAGAUGUGUGCAAACCUGGUGGCCAACUACAAGAAAUGUCUGACCUCUGUGAUAGCCAACAAGGGUUUUGCCACCAAGUACUAAGUCAUGUUUUGCAGAGGGGUCAAAUACUUAUUUCCCUCAUUAAAAUGCAAAUCAAUUUAUAACACUUUUGACAUGCGUUUUUCUGGAUUUUUUUGUUGUUAUUCUGUCUCUCACUGUUCAAAUAAACCUACCAUUAAAAUUAUAGACUGAUCAUGUCUUUGUCAGUGGGCAAACGUACAAAAUCAGCAGGGGAUCAAAUAAUUUUUUCCCUCACUGUAGGCUAAUUUCCACGAGUGUAAAGGGUUAAGGUUGAAUGUGGUUGUUUCAAAGCCCGUGAUAGAUAUAGACCCUGUUGAUAUUGGGACAGGAGAGGUAUUGCGUGUUAUGGUUGGAUGUGCUCAGUAUGAAUGUGAUCUGGCGUGUAAGAAGGCUGUGUAGAUGGAGUUGCGUGCUGAGUGACCUUAUUCUGUGUGUUUUUUAGACUGAAGGAGAGACCUAGGCACAGCUCAGAUAGACUGUGACAGCUUAGGGCUGCACAGGAACACAUCAUGCUUCAAGCCUGAGACAAGGUUGUGUGUUGGCAACCCCCACCUCUCUCUUAUUCUCUCUCUCUUGCUCUCUCUCUCGUUCUCUCUCUCCAUCCCUCUACCCCUCUCUCCCAUUGUAGCUCUCUCUCUAUAUAUCUCUCUCUCUCCCAUCCUUUGCUCUCUCUUUGUUCAGCGAUAGUAAACGGGUCCCAUGGGACUUCCUCCUUUGUGCCUUUUGUAUUUUCCUUUUUCUGCUCAGAGCCCUGACAGAAUAA